UUGGCGUCUAUCAGGAAUUCUACUCUUCACCCUUUGCAAGGGAGAAGUAUGUCUCUGGUUUUCUCCAGUGGGCUGAGCCUCUAGUAAAGGAGGUUAAGAAAACCCGCAUCAAAAGAGAAGACUUUCACAUCUUGAAGGUGAUUGGCCGGGGCACAUUCAGCGAGGUCGCAGUGGCAAAGAUGCGAAACACACAACAAGUGUAUGCUCUGAAGAUUAUGAAUAAGUGGGACAUGCUGAGGCGAGGAGAGACAGCAUGUUACCAAGAAGAGAGGGAAGUUUUGUUAAGGGGUGACAGACGCUGGAUCACAGAGUUGCACUAUGCCUUUCAAGAUGAUAACUACCUGUACCUGGUGAUGGAUUAUUAUGUAGGUGGAGACCUGCUGACUCUCCUCAGUAAAUUUGAGGAUCGGAUCCCUGAGGACAUGGCUCAGUUCUACUUGGCAGAGAUGGUUAUGGCCAUUGACUCAGUCCAUAGACUGGGUUAUGUGCACAGAGACAUCAAACCUGACAACAUCCUGUUGACAGCUGAUGGGCAUAUUAGACUGGGAGACUUUGGUUCCUGUCUGAGGCUACUUGAUGAUGGGAUGGUGCACUCGUCUUUAGCAGUCGGGACCCCAGACUAUUUGUCUCCAGAGAUCUUAAGAGCAGUUGAGGGAGGUGGAGGUUAUGGUCCUGAGUGUGACUGGUGGGCUCUGGGCAUUUGUGCUUAUGAGAUGUUGCUGGGGACCACACCUUUCUAUGCAGAGUCCAUCUCUGAAACAUAUGCCAAGAUCAUUCACUUUCAGGAGUAUUUUGAGUUUCCUUCUUCUGGCCCUGAGAUUUCAAAGGAGGCUCGUUCCUUCAUCAAUGAACUGAUCUGUGACAGGGAAGUCCGUCUUGGAAGGAAAGGCUCCAGUGAAUUUAGGAAUCAUCAGUUUUUCAGUGGACUGGACUGGAGUUCCCUGCAUAAAGUCCCUGCACCUUUCCUGCCUGAAGUCUCUAAUCCAACUGACACAUCAAACUUUGACAUCCUCGACGACUGUCUUAGUGAAAUGGAGACACUAUCUGAUGUAAUGGACAGAGCUCCAACAGGAGUACACUUGGCUUUUGUUGGAUACUCUUACACUGCUACCAGUCAGACAGGUGCUGUUGACCGCAGUCAAGAUAUCAUGAUGCAGAUAAACCACACCCAGCUUAGGGAAUGUGAGAAUCUGUAUGGACUCGAAAAACUGAGUCAGCUAUGGAAAGUUACAGACAAUCUACCAGACAAUCUGCCUCCACUGUUUGAGCUUCCACUUACUUUAGACCAAGAUGCUGCUGCAUCCACCCACACCACCACAGUGGAGGAGGCGAUAUCAGGACUUGAUGAAGACUUGCAGAGACCAUUUCAUGAAGCAGAGAUGCGAUAUUGUGAGCUGGAGAAAGAAAUGGAUAGAUUAAGGGAAGAAAUGCAGGAAUGGAGAAUCCCCAAGAAGACAGGCAAGUGA